GAAACCGGAAAUGGGGCGGGGCGAGUGAGUGGGGGAAGGUCCGCUGUGAGCUAAGGCGGCAUCGGAGGGGAUUUCAGCCGUUCGGGCUGCGCUGAAGCCAGAGACCGAAUGGAGGCCCAGGGGUGUCCCCUUCAGGCGGGGAGCGGCGGUACGAGCGGCCUCUCCGAGGGCCCCCGCACCUGCGAGGCUGAGCGCUGGCGCUUCCGCAGCUGCGGCUUCCGGAAAGCCGAGGGGCCACGGGCGCUUUGCAGCCGCCUGCACCGGCUGUGCCGGGGGUGGCUGCGGCCCGAGCGGAGCAGCAAAGCCGAGAUGCUGGACCUGGUGGUGCUGGAGCAGCUGCUGGCCCUGCUGCCCCCGGAGUUGGCGGGCUGGCUGAGGGAGUGCGGGGCGGAGAACUGCGCCCAGGCGGUGGCCCUGGCCGAAGGCUGCCUCCUCGGCCCCGCAGCCGCCCCGGAGCCCGGAAAGGGGCGGCAGUUGCAGGAGCCAUUCAUUGAGGAGAUUUCAGCAGAGCUCCAGGAAAGAGGAGAUCCAUCCAAUGAUUCUGAAGAGAUUCUUUUCAGGAGGAUCCAACUGGGACUACCUUGCCAGGGCUCUGAUCCCUUUGAGGUGGCGGCUGUGGACUUCAAAGAGGAGGAGUGGGCACUGCUGGAUUCUAGUCAGAAGGCCUUCUGCAGGGAAGUCAUGCUGGAGGUUAACAUGAAUAUGGCUGCUCUGGGUGGUGGUAAUGGGCUGGAGAAUGAGGCUGAGACGCAGCAGAGGUUAUUUAAACCACAAUAUGCAGUGUCCUCAAAGACCCAAAGUGAAUUCCGUACAAAUCGUAAUCUGACGCACCAUCAGAAGAUCCCCUCAAGUGACAAAACAUAUAGCUGCAUGGAGUUUGUAAAGAGAUUCACUGAGAGUAGUGAUAUUAAUUGCUAUCAAAGGAUUGACACAGAGGACAGACCAUAUAAAUGCAUGGAGUGUGAAAAGAGCUUUAUUGACAAAUGGCACCUUACUUUCCACCUAAGGAUGCACGAAGCGGAAAGACCAUAUAAAUGCAUGGAGUGUGGAAAAGCAUUUCCUCAGAACUCAGAACUUAAUCGUCAUAAGAGGAUCCACACUGGGGAGAGACCAUAUAAAUGCAUACAGUGUGGAAAAGCAUUUGCUCGCAAAAAUAGUCUUACUUCUCAUGAAAGAAUCCACACAGGGGAAAAACCGUAUAAAUGCAUACAGUGUGGAAAAGCAUUUACUAACAAAAGUAGUCUUAUUAAACAUGAAAAAUCCGCACGGGAAAAACCAUUUCAAUGUACAGAAUGUGGAAAAAGCUUUGCUCGGACAGGACAACUUAAUUCUCAUAAAAGGACCCACACAGAAGAGAGACCAUAUAAUUGCAUGUAGUGUGGAGAAAGCUCAACAAGUAAAAUAGAAUAGGGCUAGAAGGGCCCUUGGAGGUCUUGAAGUCUAAUACCCUGCUCCAGCAGGAGACUGUCAUGGUUCCAAGUAACAUCCACAACAGAAUCAAAACUCGGGCAUUUAGAAUACAUUUGCUCAUGAAGGAAUUCAGAGUGGGGAUAAUCCAUAUGAAUGCAUGGAGUGUGGAAAGAGCUUUGCUCAGAAAAAACAACUUAAUUCUCAUAAACGGACUCACCCAGAACAGAGACUAUAUAUAUUCCCGUAGUGUGGAAAAACGUUUAACAA